CAAGCUCGGGCCCUUGUCCUGUUCUUCAUCCUUGCUCCCCUCCGUCAUCCACGUCGGAAGGUCGGACCAGUAAUUCAGAUACCCAGAAGAGAAGAGACGUCGAAAUAUCCCUCGGGCUGUCUGCUCUCCCUAAACGACUUGGAAUCCUCAGUUCGGUUUCACCCCCUCACGAAAAACUGCUUCACUUUCGCAUUCUUCCUGAAGCCACUUACCAUCCAUGGCUUAUUCGCAACCCUUCCCUCUCGCAAAGCAGCCUGGCCAGCAGGAACUACCUCCCACGUUCCGGCCGGACCUGAACGUUCGGCUCAUCUGCCCCGACUGCAAAGACCCGAACCCCCAAAUUGCCGAAGAGUUCAGCAGCGGAGAUUUGGUGUGCGCGUCGUGUGGAUUGGUGCUGGGUGACAGGAUUGUGGAUACCCGGAGUGAAUGGCGGACCUUCGCGAACGACGAGGGUGACGACCCGUCGCGUGUGGGUGCCGCAUCGGAUCCGCUGCUCGGCGAAGAUCUGGACACGAUGGUCAGUUUUCGGGACGGCGGGUCGGGUCUGGCGAAGGAGCUGCAGCGGGCGGCUUCGCGUGCCCAGAGUGCUCGCUCGGAGCGCAGCGUGCUCACCGCAUUCCGGCAAAUUGCCACCUGGUGCGACCAGUUCUCGCUCCCCAAAACCAUCAGCGACAUCGCCAAGCAGCUAUACAAGCGCUCUGAUGACGAGAAGCUGUUGCGCGGGAAACCGGUGGAUGCCGUCGUCGCCGCAUGCAUAUUCCUCGCCUGUCGGCAAGCCCGUGUGUCUCGCGCAUUUCGUGAGAUCUGCGAGAUGACCAAGGUGUCGAAGAAGCUGCUAGGGCAGUGCUGCAAAGCGAUCCAAAAGACUCUGGACUUGAACAACGGGUCCACGACGUCGACGACACAGGCUGGCGCGGAGACGCUGCUAGCGCGGUACUGCAAUCAUCUGGACCUGCCGCCGAACGUGCAAUCGGUCUGUUCGGACAUCAUCGUCACCGCACGCAAGUACGGCAUUGCAGAGGGCAGGAGUCCGCUGUCCAUCGCGAGCGGCGCACUGUAUUUCACGUGCGCUCUUAUGGGCAAGAACAAAUCGAUCCGUGAGAUUGCUGAGGUGACCAAGGCCGGAGAGAACACGAUCAAGGUUGUGUAUCGGUUGUACUGGUCAGACAGGAAGAAGCUGGUGAAGAAGGCAUGGAUCGACGAGGGAAGGGUAAAUCUGAAUAAUCUACCAGAUACGGCUUCUCAUGGAGCGGUUGUCCGAGCUCUCCUUCGUCCUCGACGUCAUCCCAGAACCUCGACCUUCAGUUUAUAUGUUCUGUCAGCAACGGACGCCAUCUGCGCUUCGUAUCGAUCUAUGCCUGCGAUAACUCUUCCCGUGGAACUCUAUGCUUCGAUUGCCGAACAAAUCCCGCAAGACGACCGGCAGUCUCUCCUAGCUCUGACGCGAGCGCUCCCCCACCACCCCAUCUCCAUCAAGCCGCUGUUCGAGCGCAUCGUGUUCACGCGUGCAGAACAGGCUGUACUGUUCACGCUGCGGCUGCUCAAGCCGGACGGGGCAAGGGUCGCCGGACACGUGGAGGAGUUCCGCCUCGAGGACCAGUGGACCGUGGAUGCAGAGAUCGUGCUGAAUAUCCUCAGCAAGCUGCCGCGGCUGCGCUCGCUUGUGCUGUGCAUCGGUACGAACUUCUCUCCCGAGCAUCUGAGGAGCGUGCUCGAAAGGCCUCGACCGGAGCUGACCAACCUCUCCCUGAUCUUCAGGCCAUACGUCCAGAAAGCGACUUAUCAGCAGUUUUUGAGUGGCUCGUAUUUCGACCCUGUCUUGGAAUGCCUCGCGCAAUGGCCAGCGUCGAAUCUCCCUACUCUGUCCAUCAUUCAGCAACCCAUGGAUCCUUCUCAGGCGCCAAAGGUCUCCUUCGCACAGCCGAUCGUGUUCUUCCGUCUGGAUCUGCAUCUGGCGAAUCUGGCGCGGUCAGCGUAUCUUUCCACUCUCAAAUCAUUCCGUCUUCGUAUUCCAGCGAGGCCUGUUGCCGGGCCGCUGACUACGCAUUACCGGUCGCUGCCGUCCGUCGAGCUGCUGGACCUCUCGACAUGCAAUGUCUUUGGCUCUGAUCUGACCGAGACGAUCUUCCCGCGGCUGCCGAGACUGGCCCACCUGAUCCUGGACAAGACGACUCUGCUGCGCGGCGACUUCCACUCGGAGGAUUGGGCUGUCCUGGGCAAGGGAUUCGCGCUGUCGGGUGUACGAAGGAUGCGGGAGCGGGAGAAGAAACUGCGGCAGGCGCGCUUGGAGACUGUAGCGGUCGAGCCCGCUGCCGUCCGGCGGACAGCGCGGCCGGGGCGGAAGGGCGUCAGCACCGCGACCAUCUCGCUGCGGCAGUCCCCGCCGCGGGAAACACGCGUCGUGGGGUUCAGGAACACCCCGGAGGCGGUGGCCACGCGGAAGGUGCGUCUGCUGCCCCCGCCGCCGGCCGUGCGCUCGUUUGCGACGACGCUCCCCGCAUCCGUGUCCGCAUCGAAACACGCUGAGAUCCGAGAGCACUUUGAGCAGGGCUGGAUCGAGGGUCUCUCCCAGAUCGUGCAGAUUCGCGCGCGGCUGUUUCAGUCGUACAGGCUCGGAUCCACGAUCAUGCGCUUUGACGAUGAGGAUCUGGAGAACGACUCGGAGGAAGGGCUGAGCGGUCUUGUGGAGGUCACGGACUGGGAGGACGAGCUGGACAUCAAGGCACCUGUGCUGUGUUUUGCUGGGCCCGUCAAGUCGGAUGCGCAUCCAGAGGGUUGUGCGCACUCCUUUGCCUGGGCGGCCUGGGACGAUUAAUCAUUGAUCUGAAGUGGCACGAAAUCCUAAACGCCCCAAAUCCGCAUGAGAUCACUCAGAGGGGUUGCCCCCACAGGAUGCGUAAAAAAGCCAAGCAGCUGCGGACAACAAGAGUCGGAAUCUAGAUCAGCAGCGGGUGCCGACUGCUUCCGCGCCCCCGCGGGAGCCGUGGCCUGGAUCGCUCUCCUCAGCCCGUGCUCCCGCCUGCUCCACCAACAGCCCCAACAGCUUCUCCAUCCCCGCUAGCCGCUUGCUCUCCCCAUCCCCAUCGGGCCCUCCAAUUCCCGAAACUAGCAGCGACACGGGACUCGAGGCUGUGCUGCUCCUCGUCCGCGCUAUUGACCGCCGGCUGGCACCUUACCAAGUCGUGAUGGUGCGGGUUGUGGCCGUACCAGUUGAUGCCCUUUUCCGUCGACUCAGAUGACGUGUAGAUAGCCAACAUGGUUGGCACACAUCUCGUCUGCACGACCUGCAUCGCGGGACAGAGUCCACCACCAGCUCGGCGCACCUGGACUACGAGCCAAGGACGCGCUCAAGACAGCGCGCGGGCUGAGCGGGUAGUUCGGCACCUUAGCUGCACCGCGAGUCCUGUUGGCUCGUGCAUGUACUGGAACUGGCGACCCUUUCAGUGUGAGAUCGGGUCCAGGCUUCGUACGGGAGAGUCGCUCAACUAGUCCGUACGCGAAAGUCGUGAACUUGUGUUGUGCGUCGGCCUUCUGUUGUUUGAAGGUUGCUUGCUGCAGUGCGCUUCCGUGCCAGGCUGCUGCUAGCAGACCCACAGCCAGGCCGCGAACGUUCAAGUAAAUCCACGCGAUCCCGCACAGCGAUUGCCGCCCGGUUCAGCGUGUCGGCGACAUCGCACAGCUCGUCAGUCAGCAUGAAUGAUCCUGCUCUGGCAGAUCCGCAGGAUCUCAAAAUAUCGCUGCAGAAUCAGGUAGAUCAGCGGCAGGAGAAACUACAUUUUCGAUGCGGCCCUGUCCUAGAACGAAUUCAGCGGCCGGCGUCCCUCGCAAUCAGGCAUCCAGCAACGCACUAGCGACGAGGUGAAGCGUAUUCAGCGCAUCGAUAACGAAGUGGACAGCCGCCUCCCAUGUGCCCCGGAUCCUCGCUUGUUUGGGCGCAACGCACGACUCAAAUCGCUCCUGCAACCCCUCAUUGACGAACGAAACGGGGGAAGAUUUCAUCGCAUCUUCGUUGGGCGCUAAUUCUGGGGCUCCCCAUAAAACUUCAACAUUGCAGAAAAGCAUCGGGAAGGAUCGCAGUAUCAAGGAUAUGUUCAACAGUGCGGAUGUCGCUAUGUUUCGCGGUAGUGCAGCAGGUUAAUGAUGGGAACACGGAGAUUGCCGGUAUUUGAUAUUGCUGGCGUAUAGCAGGUUUGGAAUUUCGAACACGGGAGCGGGGCCACGUCCAAUCUAUUUUGGGCAUCGAAUCGCAAGUACGGAGGAGAAUAUGCCUAGGAGUAGCCUCACGUGACUACAAUAAAGCACGCUGUUGAGA